AUCCUCGCCUCUGCACGGUGCGACUUUAAUAUCAACAUCCUUCGAUCUUCUUCAACCGCUCCAUCGCUUUUCAUUUAAUGCAUUGUACAUGUCAAUAUCUCAGCUGUGCUGUCUUAAUGCUUCCUUUAUCAUAUCGUCUAGAUCUAUGACAAGAUAACACCAAAAUCGGAGAGGUUCGUGCCGGCAUUGGAUGAAACACAUCUCCGACCAUUAUCCCUACAGAUUGUGACCAAGGGCCGUGGCACAGGAAAGUAUUAUGCUUGGAUAUCUUCAACUCUUGAUUAUAUGAAUAUACUCUACUGAUAGAUAGGUCUUCUCAUCUCUUUAGUCGAUAAAGACUCUGCAUUACCCGGACGUCCUAGCUGCAAGGUCCCUCUCCACAGCAGCUGCUCGUCAUGGUAUCACAUAUCUUUCGCAAUGUCUUGAUGACAUUGCUUGCGUGUGCAGGCACAAUCUCAGCAUCUCCCCAACGUCGAGCAGACUAUGCACUUAAGGAGAGACAUUUUGUACCAAGGUCGUGGACUCGAGUUGGACCGGCUCCAUCUCAGCAUAAAAUCCAACUCCACAUAGGUGUGAAGCAGGGAAAUUUCAAUGAGCUCGAACGUCACUUGUAUGAAGUCUCUGACCCAUUUCACCCUCGAUAUGGCCAGCAUUUGUCAAAAGCUGAGGUGACUGGGCUUGUCAAGCCAUCAGAUGAAACACUAGCUCAGGUCCAUGACUGGCUGUGUGGGAAUGGAGUGACCGAAGAUCAACUUGAGUACAGCCACGCCAAAGACUGGAUUAAGGUUACACUGCCGGUAUCGACUGUGGAAGAUCUGCUUGAUACUCAGUACUCUGUAUUUCGACACAGAGAUGGAUCACACGUUGUUCGGACUCCUGAAUGGUCUCUUCCUAUGCAUUUGCAUGAACACAUUGAGACUAUCCAACCAACCAACUCAUUUUUCCAGCCACGAGCUAAGAGAACGACUCUUAUGAGACUACCAGACGUGGACCAGAGCCAGUAUAGUAUGGAUCCUGUCGAUACUCAAAGCAAGGCGACCGUUGAUCAAGCAUGCAAUGUUACCAACGUAACCCCUACGUGUUUACGGACUCUUUACGGUACCAUCGACUAUACCCCAAAGUCUGCUGGAGAGAACCAGAUCGGCCUGACAAACUACCUCUCUGAGGCGAACAAUCGUUCUGAUGUCAAUCUAUUCCUCACACGAUUCAGACCAGAAGCAGCUGGCGCUGCUUUUAAUUUCACCACUGUGAUCGUCGCCGACGGUGACAAUCAACAGACUCCCAACAAUUCAACCGAAAAUGCCGCAGGAAAAGAUCUCGAAGGCAACCUUGACGCUGAAACCAUCCUUGGCAUCACGUUUCCUACUCCCCUCACCACCUUCAAUACUGGUGGAUCUCCACCUUUCGUGCCCGACCUUCUGACUCCAACUGACACGAAUGAGCCGUAUCUUACUUGGCUCAAUUACGUCUUGGCAUUAAACAGCACUCCUCAAGUCAUUAGUACCUCUUACGGUGACGAUGAACAGACUGUUCCACUGUCCUUUGCAACUUCUGUUUGCAAUGGGUUUGCCCAGUUAGGAGCAAGAGGUGUUACCCUUUUAUUUUCCAGUGGAGAUAAUGGCGUUGGUCCUAGUGCAGACUGCUUUACAAACGAUGGCAAGAAUACAAGCUCAUUCUUGCCUGCAUUUCCUGCUGGUUGUCCAUAUAUCACCUCUGUUGGAGGCACGAAGAACAUCUCUCCUGAGAUAGUAGCAUUUGAUGCUGCCAACGGCUUCUCCAGUGGAGGCGGAUUCAGCAACUAUUUCGCGAGACCUUCGUACCAGGAUAAGGUGGUACCCGCUUAUAUCACCAGUCUGGGGACACAAUUUCAAGGAUUGUACAACGCUUCUGGACGCGGUUAUCCCGAUAUCGCAGCUCAGGGCUUUCGAUUUGCGACGAUCUGGAAUGGAAACUUGACUUUCCUCGAUGGAACAAGCGCUUCAAGUCCAACUGCCGCUUCGGUUAUUUCCCUCGUCAACGACGCUUUACUCGCAGCUGGAAAGCCUGUCCUCGGCUUUAUGAACCCUUGGCUCUACUCUGUUGGUUCUACUGCAUUCACCGACAUCACGAACGGUUCCGCGAUUGGAUGCAACACUACUGGAUUCCCUGCAACGACAGGAUGGGACCCAGUGUCGGGAUUCGGGACCCCUUAUUUCCCGAAACUUCAAGCCGCGGCUUUGAAUGAUGGAAUGUUUAGUUCUGAUCCUAGGAAUAUCCCGAUGAGUUUAUGUGCACUAUUUGUAGUUACGUUAAUGUUAUGUUUGUGAUGGGA